CGAAGCAGGGCCUUGUAGGUACGAUGGGGAAAGAGCCUGCGUUGUGGUCCCUGUGUUUGCUCCUCAAUGGCUUUGUGUGGCUUUUUGUGCUGAUCGGAUCUGAGGAGCCGUGGCAGAAAGCGGCGCCGGAGCGUUCAGAGUAUUAUUGCCCUUGGCAGUGCUUGAAUUUUGUCCAGAUGUGGCCAGGCUCGUUCUGUGUGGCUCUGGCCACUAGGUUUGAGUGUGUCCUGCCAAAGAACGCCAACAACUGGACCAUCCAUGGAUUAUGGCCCAGUGAUAUCACAGCGUGUUGUCACUACUGGUACCUCUUUCCCUCCGACUUGACGGAUCUGCUGCCUGACCUGAAUUGGCACUGGCCCAGCUUCAUCAAUCUCAGUAACUUCCUUUUCUGGGAGAAAGAAUGGUAUAAGCACGGGACUUGUGGUGGCUGUGUCGAAACACUGAACUCCCCCAAUAAAUACUUCAGAGCGGCCCUCGACCUGCGCACCAAAUACAACAUCGACAGGUGAGCCACGACGCUUCACUUCCCAU